UUUGCGUCCUUAGCUACCACUCCAAAAGAAAAACAUCACCACGCCUGCUUCAACAGCUAUCAGAGCACCCAUGGAUAUUACGAGAGGCAGUUUAGACGAUAUCUCCCGCCCGGCAUCCAGCGAGCGUUCUCGCCCCGGUAGCCGUGUAUCAACUGUGUUAAUGCCUGACGUCGGGAGAGUUUGUCACCCCAGCCCGACGUCCCUGGUGGUCCUGAGCGAUGAUGCCCCCAACAAUAAGCAGGAUCACAGCAACUCGCAUGAAAACCUCAAGUCUCCAGAUGAAAGUCUUCCUGAGAAAGAUCACUUCAUUGGAGAUGUAUCUGAUGAGGAGAACGAAGAUCCAGAACUCCAGAUGGCCAUCAAGAAAAUGAAAAUACUUGAUAAAAUCUUGGCUUCAAGGAUCUCAAAUGAAAAAGAAGUCAAGAGAAAAGGGAAGGAGCUCCAUCAAAAACUAUGGCAGGAACUUUUGCAGAUAAAGCCCAACAGAUAUUCAGAAUGGGCAGAUGAAGCAGAAAAUACAAGGAUGUUUUUGGCCCUGGCUCCUUCCAGUACUCAUGGAUCCAGUGAAGAAGUAGACUUUGUUCCUGUGUUUGGGACUCAAGUGCCUAACAAAGAGUAUGAAAGACACAACAGACAAGUGGAGGAAAGUGAAAAGGACCUCAACAACACAGCAGCAGACUUGGCUGAAGUGGGUCAAGAAGAGAGGGCAGACGAAUCAGAAGGCAGCCAGAGUGGAGUUCCCAGGGGCAAAAAUAAACCAGACUUUGUGAAGAAAAAUAUUGAGUUGGCGAGUGGUGCAGGAGGCCCAAUGCAGAUGACACAGGAUGAGAAGUAUCGUCUCGAGGAGCUCCUCAGAGACAUGGAGGAAGAGGAAGGGGACAAUGCUGGGAAGGCAGGCUGUGAGGGAGACAUGUGGGUCGUUCCAGUACCAGCGGGUGAGGGUUACACCCCCGAACCAACAGAACGAGACCAGCUAAUUCACAUUGACUCCAGACUGCAGCUCCUCCUUCCUGUUGAAGACUUCCUGUCUGUGCGAAGCCCCUACCCUGACCACAGUCUGCCCCAGGCCCAGGAUCUGGAGGCUGGCUGGGACAGCGAAGGGGACAGGUUGCCAGGAGAGAAGGUCCUGCAGGAUAUAAGGGAGAAGAGAGGGCAGGAGAGGCGCCUCCAAGAGAUCCAGCUGCAUCUAGAGCUGCUGGGCCAGGGCCAAGAAAUGACUUUUGACACACCAAUACUACUGGAGGAGCAGCUGAGGACUCUGUUGGAGAAGUGUGAGAUAUCCCAGAGCUGGGGACACGGUCUGGGGACAGGGGACACAUCACCCAGGGACAACUCUGAUACGGAGAGCCUGCCGGACAGCACCCCUCAUCUCUCUGACUCUAUCCUGUCAGAACUGCUUAGAGAUGCAUACACCACCAGCUUUAGCCAGCUGGACAAAGCGACCACUAUGUGUUCACCGUAGAGUAUUAACACAUUUCUUUAGUGGGACAAAUAUACAAAUGUGUAUAUUUAUAUGGUUGUAUGGUGCUAACAACCAGCCUGCGGUCAUGUCACCAGAAGGGCAGCAAUAUGGAUCUCUUCCAGACAGACUCUCCCACACCAACUAACACACAAUGACUGUAUGAAUCACUGAAUUGUAAAACUGUGUAGUGUAUAAUCAUAAGAAUAUAGAGAAAUAAACAUAUUAUACAAGUAUUUUGAUGUUUAUCUAGGCUUUAUACAAUGUCUUAAGAUUUCUUAAAUGGUGUGAUACAGUAUGAAAAAUCUAAAUGAAUUAAACCUGUAACUGAGAUUUUUUUUCUCAAUUGCUUUAUUGUGCCUUUUUGCAAUGAUUGCUCCCCUAGGUCUAUAUAUUCCACUUGAGUAUUUCCAUUCAUUUACACUUUCCGGUAGCUCCAAAUGAGGAGUCAGAACAGUAGGAGAGCCCAUUGUAUUAACCCUGCUAAUGUAGAUGAGAACAGACCGUUUAUGGUCUCAUUAAACUUACCAACGGAUUUCUUUGACCGCAGAAUGUACUAAAUGCAUAACCAUUUAGCUGUGAGCAGUGGGAGUGUGGGCCUGUUGGACAGACAGACCCCCAGGAACCAAACUAUAUGUAUCUGAAGGGACACAGAUGUUGCAAUCUAUCAAAUCAUUAUUGCAGUUAUUGGCAGGAUAGUAUGGUUCAAUCAGAGUGAUUUGAGGAGCCAGUGAUGUCCUCUAGAUAUGGUCUGCUAACCUUCACUCCAUAACAAUGAGGUCAACUCUGAGGUAUAGGGAGCAGUAGCAAGCUGGGGCUGUCUGGAUUUGGAUUUGGCAUGAACUUGCAGUGUUGCCAUUGACUGUCAGAGAUGUGCCCUGUAAAAUGACUGAAUCAACAAUCUUUAAUUCUAUUUGUAGACAAUAUAAAUUACAAGCUCAAUGUCUCUUCUACAGAAGCCAAAGAGCAAAGGCUGUAGGUCUGUGGAAUGCCUCAGAUAGGUGUGACUCUAAGCUAUUUCAGGUUUCAUUCACUGGGCAAUUCCAAUAACUAUGCACAUUGCUAUGUGGGUUACAGUAUAUUGUUCUAAUGGUGGCAGAUAUUGACAUAACUUGAGUUUUGGCUUUGGUGCUAAAGUCCUAUGGCUCCUGAGCAAUGUUCCCUCAAAAUAAUGUAGGUACUGAGAACAUUUCAGGUCUGCUGAGUGCAAACUUGAACGUUGUGAAAAUUCUGUAGAACUUCAGCUGCGCGUUUACUAUGAACACCUGCUUUAAGUUAGUUUUAACAGUGGCCAAGUAGGCUACUGUGGCUAUUUGAUCAUAAUGU